AACUUUGGAGGGUUAAAUGAAGAAAAAAAAUAAGUUUAGGGUCUAAAUUGGGAUUUAUCCCAUUUUAUUACAGAGAUAAAAAUUAGAGAUUCCAAAUCUCGUGUGGUAGUAUAGCACCAUCCCUUUUGGUUGGUUCAAUUCUUCUGCUGAAAUCCACUCUCCAUUUCCUCCCUUCAAAUCUCACCCUUUCACUCCCCGCUCUCCACCAAAUCUGAACCCAUUGUUCCUGUUUUCCAGUUACAAUGUCGGACAAGGUCUUCCCCUCCACCAAACCCGCCAACACUACCGCCGCUGCCGCCACCAACGGUACCGGAGGCACCACUGCCACCACCAACGGUGGACCCACCAAGGCUGAUCUCUACAACCCCACCUCCCGUCCUCCCUACCGCCCCCCACCCUACAACCGCCGCCAAUACCACCGUCCACGUCGCAACAUAUGCUGCCGCUGCUGCUUCUGGUCCAUUCUGAUUCUCCUCAUCAUUGCCCUCCUCGCCUCCAUCGCCGGCAUCGUCCUCUACGUGAUGUACCGGCCGCAUCGUCCUUCUUUCUCCAUCCCGUCCCUCCGCGUCCACCGCCUCAACCUCACAACCUCCGCGGAUUCCUCCUCCUCCCACAUCUCAACUCUCUUCAAUUUCACUCUCUCCUCUAAAAACCCCAACUCUCACAUCUCGUUCUUCUACGACCCGUUCGCCGUCUCUUGCACUUCAAGCAACAGUGGCGUAUUUCUGGGGAACGGCACCAUUCCGGCCUUCGUCAGCGACGGUAAAAACUUAACAACUUUCCGGGCAGUCAUCAUCUCAACUUCCCAAGAUCUUGAUGCGGACUCCGUUAACGGGUUGAGAUCGGAUCUGAAGAAAAAGGGUGGGGUUCCGUUGAAGCUUGAACUGGACACCAGAGUGAAAGUGAAGCUGGACGGAUUGAAAAGCAAGAAAGUGGGUAUUAGGGUAACAUGCGAAGGAAUUAAAGCUGAUCCACCGACAGGUAAGUCGCCGGCGUUGGCAAACACUUCCGGUGCCAAAUGUAAGGUGGAUCUGAGGAUCAAGAUCUGGAAAUGGACUUUCUGAGAACUCCCAUUAGUGCGUUUUUGUUCCCUUUUUUUUUUUUCCAUCUUUUUCUUUUUUGGAGAAUUGAGAAGAAAAAAAAAAUUGUGUGGGUAGAUUUUUAGUGGAAGAUUGAAGAAUGAAGAGCAAGAUGUUGAAAUUAGUUUAGUUGAUGUCUUUUUUUCUUUUUUUUUAUAAAUUUUCAAAAGAAAUAUAUAAUUCAUGUUGUGGUGUAAUUUUCUUGAAUUGAAGAUGCAAUGUUGUAAUAUUGUUAAAUACAGAAUUAUUCCCAAU